UAGGAAAUGAGCAGAUACAUUUAGAAGUUACUGAAGGCAUUAUGAUGUGGUCAAAAAAAUAUUCACAAAAAGAAACGAAGCGAGACUGAAACCAAAAGGAAAAGAUGGAAACACAGAGAGGAAGUGCUUCCCUCUCCGAUGGUGUUGAAAUACUUAGUCCCCGCCCUGCAUCUCUGCCAGAACUUCGAGUGGUUUUACUAGGCCGCAAAGGAGCUGGAAAGAGCUCUGCUGGAAAUACCAUUCUCUGCCUGCCGGGCGGGUUCGAGACCGGAAAACCAACUGAGGAGUGCGUUAAGAGACGUGCUGAAGUAGCAGGAAAACGUAUUACUGUCGUGGACACGCCCGGUUGGGAAUGGUACUAUCCGGUGAACGGCACUCCAGGAUGGGUAAGACGAGAGACCAUGCGAAGCAUGUCUUUAUGUCCACCUGGACCUCACGCCAUCCUCCUAGUGGUCCGAUCCUGUACCUCGGUGACAGCGGAAUACCAUCGGCAAAUAGAGGAGCACCUGGAACUGUUGGGCAAGAAGGUGUGGGAGCAAACAUUUGUGCUGUUCACACGAGGAGAUGAAAUGGGCUCGAUUUCCAUCGAGGAGAGGAUUAAAAACGGUGGCAGGGACUUCCAAAGUCUUCUGAAAAGGUGUGGAAAUAGGUUCCACGUUCUGGAAAACAAACGGCGUGGUGAGGAUGGGACUCAAGUGAAGGAACUGAUGAGGAAGAUUGACAAACUGGUGGAUGACAGAGGAGGGAGAUAUUAUGAGAUUGACCUUCUACAUCUGGAACUGGAGGAUGAUGGCAAAAGAAGAGCAAGGGAAAGAAGGAAGAAACAGAGAUUGAUGGAGGCGCAAACCCAAAGAGGAAGCAUGAGAUCAGUGCUGAUGAAUGUCAAUCCUCAAGUUGAAGAUCUGGACGAGAAAAAUCUUUUCUCCAGGGGAUCACGGCGUCUCCCGGAGCUGAGACUGGUUCUGAUGGGAGAGAGGGAGACAGGAAAGAGCUCCGCUGGGAAUGCCAUCCUCGGAGGACCGGGAUACUUCAAAUGUGGAGAAGCAACGGAGGAAUGCUUAAGACAGCAGGCAGAAGUUUCAAACAGGCUACUCACGGUGAUAGACGUGCCUGGAUGGGAGGGCGGACCGGAGGGAACGACUCCGGAGAGAGUGAAGCGAGAGAUCGGAUUGAGCGUGACACUCUGCCCUCCCGGACCUCAUGCCAUUCUACUGGCGUUGAGAGUGGAUGCUCUCGUUCAAGCUCCGUCAGUCCGGGACCACCUGGAGCUUCUUGAAGAGACGGUUUGGAGACAUACGCUUCUCCUCUUCACGAGAGGAGACCAACUACGGCAAGGAGUAACCAUCGAGCAGCACAUCCAAGGUGGAGGCAAGGAUCUCCACUGGUUGAUGGAAAAAUGUUCAAAUAGGUUCCACGUCAUUAUCAGCAACCCGUGUUUGCAAGGUCGUAGUUCCUCCGAACAGAUAACUGGACUUCUCGAGAAGAUCGAAAAAAUGGCUGCGGGGAACCGGUGCGAGGCCUUCUCACCGCUCGUCCACGAGAUUCAAGAGCUGGGAAGACAAAAGAACGAGAAAUUCCAGCUGAAGGUCAAGGAGUUCAAUGAGAAGCUUCAACGGCAAGAAGUGGAACUGAAGAAGAUGAAGGAGAGGGAGGUCAAGAGUAUUCGGUGGUUUUUUGAAAGACGUAAAAAAGACAAAGUCCAAUUCCCCGGGAAGACGGAGAGGGAGGAGGCACCAUACAGAGGCGAGGACGACAGAAAGAGCAUGAUGGGCGAGCUUGAGGAGAGGAUGGCGUGGUUGACUGACGACAGGGAACGAGAGAUACAAGAGCUGACCACAGAAAUGAGCAGAGUUAUGGCAUCCCUCCAUCGGGAACAACGAGAAAAAGAGCGAAUGGAAAGGCGGUCAGAAGAACGAGAGAGAGAGAUGGAAGAAUUUAAAGAGAAGGCGGAAGAACUUCAACUAAAACUGCUGGAACUGGAGCAAAAGUGUGUCAUGAAAGGGCAAGAACGAAAAGAGAGAGACACCGAAUUUCAACGUGUUCACCAGAAUGAGCUCGAUGAGAUGAGAAACAAACUAGCAGAUGCGGAAAACAAGCUUGAGGCAACAAGAAGAAAAUCUGAAGAAACUCAGAAAGAAAUGGAGGAAGGGGCCAGAGAGAAACUUCAGGAGGUGGAGAGCAAGCUGAAAGAAAAGGACAAGACGAUCCAGAGUAUCCUAAUAGAAAUUCAGGAGGUCACUUUAAAGGGCGAGAGCAACGAAAGAGAAAAGCAAGAAGAGAUGGACAAACUGAGAGAUGUGAUAGAGAUGAUGACCGAAGAGAUGGAACAGCUUCAGACGUCAUAUCGAGAGCAAGUGAAACUGACGGAAAAGGAGAGAGAAACGCAUGCAAGUGUCAUAGAGAAAUACAACACGCUCGUAGAUAAACUUGAAGGGAAAGAUGAGGAAAUAGUUGUCAUGCGGCGGGAACAAAAACAGACCAAAAAAGAGAAAGAGGAAGAGCUGUGUCGAAAUGAUGCGACGCAAGAAAAACUGCGGCAAAAGCAAAAGGAAAUAAAUACACUGAAACAAAGACUCGCCGAGCAAGAUGAUGAAAUAAAUGCAUUGAGACAAAGCAUCAACGAUAAUCAGAAAGACAUCGAAAAGAUGAAAGACACCAUGCAGAUUAAUAAUAAAGAAAGUAAUUUCAAACUAAAGCAAUUACACAAAGAACUCAAAGUAAAAGAGGACGAAAUACACAAAUUAAAACAAAGAAAAGUGGAGAAGGACAAAGAAAUGCACACACUUCAGCAAACUAUGGUUGACGAGCGGAGUGAGAUAGAAAAGUUGACAGACAUCAUUCAUACAAACAGUCAAGAAAUGACCAAAUUAAGACAAACAGAAAUGGAGAAAGACAGAGAAAUGGACAUAUUGAGACGAAAAAUCUGUGAAAAACAAAAAGACAUAGAAAAGCUGAAAGACAUCAUGCAGGUUAAUGACGAAGAAAGUGCAUCCAAACUAAAACAUUUACAUGAAGAACUCAACAUAAAAGAGGAUGAAAUACUUAUAUUAAAACAAAAAGACACAGAGAAAGAAAACGAAAUCUACAUUUUCAGACAAAACAUCAACGGAAAACAGAGGGACAUAGAAAAGUUAAAAGAUGCCAUUCAGGCAAAUAUGGAGGAAGGCACAGCUCAACUAAAACAUUUACAGGAUGAACUCAAAGUAAAAGUUGAUGAAAUACAUCAAAUAAAACAGAGAGAUCUGGAGAAAGACAGAAAAAUGGACAUGUUGAGAAAAAACACAGACGAAAAACAGAAAGCUAUUAACUACUUAAGAGACAACAUUCAGACAAACGCAGAAAAACAUGCCGCUCAACUACAACAUCUAGAGAAAGAACUUGAAGUAAAGAUGGAGGACCACAGAAGAAAGAACAAGAUGAAAGAAGACGAGCUGAGUCAAAACAAAGAAAAAAUGCGACAAACCGAAGACGAGACUGAGAAGAAAGAGAACAUCAUCAAUUGUUUAAAGCAACAACACACAAACAUUGAACGAAACUUGGAGGAGUUUAAACAGCAAAGCAAAGAUGAUCGCGAAAAAAACAGCAUCUUACAAAACACAAACGCAGAACUGGAAAAGAAAAACCAAGAGCUGAUGUUUAAAUGCGAGCGUCUUGAGAAGGAUUUGCAAACUCUCAAAGAGACGCAGGAUGAGAUGAAAGAGAUGCUUUGUCGCUGCGAGACACAGAAGGAAAAAGACGCUCGAUCUCUAGAGCACAUGAAAGAGCAACAGCGUCAGAUGGAUGAGUUAAAACAAGUGUUAGAAGAGAAACAGAGAGAGAUGAAAGAGAUCACAAUAUCUUAUGAAAAUAAACUGAUGGGACAAAACAAAAAAGACAUCGAAGCGUUGGAGAGAGAACGGCAAAUUCAAAGGAGAGAGGAAGAGGCCAUAAACGCAGAAGAGAAUUUGGCAGAAAGCUGGAAGGAACUAGAACAAAACAAACAUGACUUGGCAAAAAGGGAAGACGGCAUUAACAGAAGAGAAAAAUUGCUUACAGAUGAACGGAAGAAUUUGGAGAAAAAAAUGGAAAACCAGAGUCAGAAGUACAUACGUAUGGCGGCAGAUCUUGAAGGAAUGAAAGAAGAGCUUGAGAAAAGACAACGUGAGCUUAUAGAUACGGAGAAAAAGAUCAAAGUUAGAGAGCAAGAGAUAAAGCAAAAGAAAGAAGAACUAGAUGCAGCUUGGGAGAAAAUGGAGGCCGAGCGAAAGGAGAUGAAAGACAUGAACGAAAAGCACGAGAAACAUCUGGAAAACAUAAAACGACGGCUGGAGGCGAGAGACCAAGAACUAAUAGAAACCGAGACGAAGUUAGUAAAAGAGCGUCAUGAGCUUAAAGAAGAAGAGAAGGCUUUAGGGUUGCUCAAAGUGAGUUUGGAAACGAGAAACAUUGAACUUAACAAACGUGAAACGCAACUAACAGAUGCCCAACAGAUGUGGGAAGUAAAAAUCCAAGAACUUGAAAACAACAAACAUGAGGUAGAAAAAUGGCAAGCAGAGCUGGAAAAUAAAGAACACGAGCUCCUGCAACAAACAAAUGAACUGCAGAAAAGUGAGCAGAGAAACAAAACACUUACAGAGCAAAGUCAAGAUCGAGAGAAAGCAUUGCUUCAGAGCAUUAAAGAGGAAUUGGAAAGGAGGGAGCAAGAGCUAAAAAAUUGUGAAGAAGCGAUUUGUCAAAGAGAGCAUAAACUGAAAAGUGAAGAAAUCCAUUUGGAGAAAAGACAGCAAGCACUGCAAAACAGGGAGGAGCAGAAUGAAAACACAUUGCACAGUCUUGAAAAACAGCAGUAUGAUUUGAAAGACAAAGAGAAGUGUUUGGAUGCCAAAGAAACACAUCUGCGCCACCUCGAAGCAGAGCUCAACAGCCGAGGCCAUGACGUGACCCAGAAAGAGCGAUUCCUGCAGGGCCGAGAAUGCGAACUACAGAACAAAGAAAAUGGUAUUGAAAGCAAAACAGAAAUGCUGGAGCGAAAAGAAAAAGAAUUGGAGGAAAGUAAACAACAGCUGGGGAGCAACGAGAGAGGUUUGAGUGAAGAUUUGCAAAAGAAGCGAGAAGAACUUGAAAAGUGGGAGAAAUAUUUAUAUAACGCAGAGCUCAAAUUGAUACACAAAGAGCCCUUCUCAGAGUAUAGACGGCGGACAAGCGGUUCUGAUUUUGAUGGAAAAGAAGAGGAGAUAGUUGAGGUAGACACUUGUGAAAGAGACGCAACAAACUCAAAAAUCAGGCAUGAGAAUAAGAGACCGGUGAAGACUUGGAACGGCAAUGGGCCGCUGAAAGACAAGCAGCGAGAAAAUUGCGAAAUCCGUGCUGAGAAAGAGUCUUCAGAUGAAGACUUCUUUGAAUCUUCCAUCGUCUUACAAAGUAGCCCGACAUUGGAGUUGAAACUGAUGCUUCUCACGGACACGUGGUCUUCGCGGCACACAGCAAGACACGCAUUACUGGGGCCGGAUGCCGACGGAGGAGACCCUUGGAGAGGAGAGAUAGCCGGCAGGAGACUUACUGUCGUAACUCCAGAAGGUCUGAAAUGGCGAUCUGAGGCCAACAGCGACGUCGCGUUUGAAAAACAUCUCUCUCAAAGUUUGUCCCUGUGUCAUCCAGGCCCACACGCCUUCAUUCUGUUGAUACCUGCUUACGUGUCCUUCACCGCUCAGUACAGACGUGGGGUGGAACGGACCGUGGCGGCACUUGGAGAGGGGGCGUGGCAGCGUGCUAUCGUUCUACUCACCUGGGGGGAGACGAUGGGAGAAAGCGGCCGGCAGCACGUCAGGAGAAACGGGGACCUGGAGUGGCUGGUUAGAAAGUGUGGAAACAGAUGUCACGUGCUUGACAACAGACACCGGGAGACUCACGUUGAAAAGCUGCUUGAGAAAGUCGAGCUGAUGUUGACGGAGAAAAAGGAUUGUUACUACAUUAAGGAAGAGUUUAACUGAACCGUAGCCUACCAUCUGUGAAUAUUUAUAUUUAAUUUAUGAUUUGUUUAAUUUUGUUGGCUUUGAAUUUGAUUGAAUUAUAUGUGAGUGUUCAUCCAA